GCUCCACAAUCCACAUUCAAGUGUAAUAAAGAUGUAGAAAGUUGACCUCGUAAUCUCCUUACACUAAACCCCCCACCUAUUCCUUCUUGAUCGGAAUGUAAUCUAGCAUUUCCAUCACUUUUAAUUAUUAAAAUUAGAUUAAAUAUUCUCUUUCGCAGAUGGCUGAAGGAACCGCUUCAAGAUAUGUGAAGUUAACAAAAGAACAAGCUGAUGUAGAGGAGAUUAAGCCCGGUGAGCUAAAUCAGCCCAUUGAGGUUCCUCAGUUGACCGUUCGUAAGUGUAAUGAAUGUGGGCAACCUUUACCUGAAAACUUUGAGCCUCCAGGAGAUGAGCCUUGGACUACUGGGAUUUUUGGAUGUGCUGAUGAUACCGAAAGCUGCUGGACAGGACUAUUUUGCCCUUGUGUUCUAUUCGGUAGAAAUAUUGAGAGCUUGAGAGAUGAUACUCCCUGGACUACCCCGUGCAUUUGCCAUGCUGUUUGUGUUGAAGGUGGCCUUGCACUGGCCGCAGCAACAGCAGUUUUCCAUGGCAUUAACCCAGGGACAUCAUUUCUCAUUUGUGAGGGUUUACUUUUUGCAUGGUGGAUGUGUGGCGUAUACACUGGUCUUGUCAGGCAGUCUUUACAGAAGAAAUAUCAUCUCAAGAAUUCACCUUGUGACCCAUGCAUGGUGCACUGCUGCAUGCACUGGUGUGCUUUGUGCCAGGAGCACAGGGAGAUGAAAGGUCGUCUAUCAGAUAACUUUGUCAUCCCAAUGACCGUUGUCAAUCCUCCCCUUGUUCAAGAGAUGAGCGCCACCAACGAAAACCAGGAUUCUACUCUUUCCUCUGAUAAGGGCACCAGCUUGGAGAUGCAGCCUCUGUAAAAUUCAGUCAUACAAUGGCAUACUAUGAAAGCGAAUUUGAUCUUGAAACUGGUUUUUUCUAUCUGUUAGAAACUAUUUCCUUACACGAGAAAUUACAGCAUCCCCCUGUGCAUUAAAAGAUCCAAACAGUUAUAUUUUCUGUCCUCGCUGAUGCUUUUUUGUAGAGUGAACUUUACUUUUGAUUAAUGUGGAUGCAUUAUCAUUCAGACCA